AUGGCAGAUAUCAAGAAGCUAGCUGCUUCCUGUGUUAGCGCGGUGGUGGAGGAAGAAGAUGAGAGCGAAGAAGAAAGGUUCGAUUACACGGAUAGCGAGGGACAAGAUCAGGACGACUCGAUGCUCACGGUAGCGGGAAGUCCACGGCGAAUCAAGCCGUGGAGUUUUAUGGACACUUUCAAUCCAAAGAAGCAAGCGCUGGCGAUAGCUCGAGAAAUUGAUGCGAAGAAAGGCAUUAAGUUGGAGCUGCCACCAAAACCGCAGCCUCCGCCGUCGGAUGCAGCAACUGGAGAGAGCUCUACACUAUCUACUAUUCGAAGAGUUCCUUCUGGUGCUAAACCGCCACCUUCUGGACACAAUUUGCGGGCUUCAACGCCUGUUGAAGCUCCGCUUGAGAAUGGCGCUUCGAGUAAUGAACACGACCAAAGUAUAGGUGAAGUGGCGGGGCAGUCUACUCCACUUACUCUGGCAAAGAUAACUAGCGGAAAACCCAGGGAAGUUCAGGAUGAUGUGAUAGGUGUUUCAAAAAGUUCCAGUCAACCGACUGAGGAUGAGCUGAUUAGUGGUCUGAGAAGAGAAACCAUGCUAUUGAAGGAUGAAAUCUCAAAAUUGAAGGCUCAAGUAGUGCAGCAAAAUUCGAUUCAAGCAGAAAGGGAUAACCAGCUGAAAGCAAUGAGCAAGGCCUUAGAGGACAGAAAAAACGAGCUUGAAGCUGUAAAAAUGUUACAGCAGAGCAAGGAUAGUCAAAUCAGUUCUGCUAUGGAGCAGCUGGAUGAGGUUAAAAGAUUGUUAGAAGUCUCCGAGAGAAAUAGGAUUCAAGAAAGCGAGACCAAUGGCAUCAUGGUCAAGAAUUUAAGGGAUGAGAUCAGCCGAAAGGAUGACCUCAUUGAAGAAGCGAGAAAACGAUUGCUAGAGGUUGAAGAAAGACAUGAUCAACGUCGGGAGAAACUGGAAACAACAAUAGAUGAGCUAAAAGAACGAAUAAACUCUGAAAGGGAAGCGGCGUUCAACGAGCUGCGAACAUCAAAUUCUGAAUGGCAAAAGCGGCUAGACGAUAAAGAAGCAAAACUAGUAGCAAUCACAGAAGAGUAUGAAUCGGAAUAUCGAAAGAAAUUAUCCAAGGCUCAGGAUGAUCUUUCUGCAAGAAUGGACGAACUUCAUAAUGUGCAAAAAGAAUUAAAAGAAAAAUGCAAUGAAUUAGAGCACAAAAAUUCCAUCAUAGAGAACGCUAAGAAAAGCUACGAUGAGCUACAAUCACAACACACAUCCAUCAAGGAAGAACUGAAGAUGAGAGAAGAAAACGUUGAGCAACUUCAAAAGCAGCUGAAAAAUGCUCGAUCAUCUCAAGAGGAGCUAGAAAGUAGUAAUGGGAAAGCGAUAAAGAAGCUUGAAGCCCAUAUUGAUCAGCUUGAGAGCGAUUUGAAGCGCUUACGACAGCUUCAAAAGACAUUGCAAUCAGAUACUAAUCAAUAUAAAGAAAAGCUACAGACUAUUGAAAAACAAAACAAUGAACUCACACGUGAACUGCAGCGCUCAAAAUCAGCUCGAAAUGAUCUUCAAUCGGAAGUGGCAGAACUUAUGAGGAAGUUACAGCUUGCUAAUACAGACAAUGAAAGGCUUCAAAAUAAUGAACAGCUUUUGAAGUCCUCUGAAAGCCAGUUGCGAAAUGAGCUAUGCUUGAUAAGGGAAAAUUUGAGGAACGCUAAUGAUGUUAACAAUAAGCUACAGGACGAAAUGCAGGCACUGAAGAAUGAGGCCGAGUUGUACAGAAAGGAGAACAAAGAAAAACUUGGUACCGCUUUAUAUCUCAAUGAGCAGUUAAAGAAAGAAGUGGAGAGCUUGACAGAAUCGCGGGACGGCCUAGAGAAGGAACAAAAGGAUAUAGAGGCUCAACUACAGGAGUCUUUGAAGGAGAAAGAACGGCUGAAAGCACUUUAUGCUGAGGCGAAUGAAAUUAUUAAAGAACUAAGGCGUAGCUUUGAGAGUGUGCAAGAGGAACUUCAUGAAGAACAGCAGGCUCAUGAAAACACCACUAAAAACGCUCAUAAGAUUGAGGAAUAUUCUGAAGAUCUUUCUAAAUUUAUAGAGAAUCUGACCCUGUUCGACCUGCAUAUCGGUUCAAUAAUGCUUCACACCUUCAAAAAAGAUCAUCAAAUAACUUGCUUCGAUCCGUUUCUCACCGCUAAGAACACGGAUGUAGUAGGUUUUCACUGCAAAAGUCAUGAUCGGAAGCAUCACGAUUUAGAAAAGAAAGUAGAACAUCUGAACUUGAAAAAUCAAGAACUACUCUCACAGAUUGAGAAUCAAUGGAAAAUUCUGGUAGAAAGCCAAAAGCGAGAGAUAUCUCAACAAAAACGUGUCAUAGAUGGUAUCGAAGCAAAGUCCAAAGAAUUAGACAAUAGAUGUCAAGAGCGAGAAUUGAGAUGCGAAAAACUGCAAGAUGAGAAGGCAAUGAUGUUGAAGGAGAAAGAUGAGCUGAUUCAAGAAAAGAUGGCUUUGACUAACCAAAUCUCCGCUCUUAAAGGCAGUACUAUGACUGAUGAGCAAAAAAAGAUUAACCAUCUGGUUGAACAGAUAGAGGAAGUAACAGGCACAAUUUCUGUAAUACGAGAACAAGUUAGGGCCGAGUCUGCCGAGAAUAUUCGGUUGAAGGCGACAAUAGAAAACAAGGAAGCCCAGUUAAAGGAUUUGCAGAACAAACUGAAGGACCAAGUAGCCUUACUGCAGCAUCAGGAGGACUUGGAAAAUCUUCUUAAAGAUAACAGAAAUGAACUCUCAAAUUUGCAGGAAAUUUGUGAUAGACAGCAAGUGGACAUCGAAGAAAAAACCUAUAAACUUCAAAAGUUACAAGGCGAUGACUCGAAAAGUAUCACAUUCCAUAUUGCCCGUCAGUCUCGGCCUGACAUCACCAAGGAUCUUUACGAUAAAUUAAUGAUUAGCCAGGUGGACUCUAUCGACAUGGUUGAACUACAAAAUAUAGUAAAGAACCUUAUACUACUGCUCGAAAUUCCAUUCAAUAAGCUUACGAAGAAGGUACCCCUGGUUGCGAUGUACUUGAAAUACGAAAGACCUAUAUUCUCGCAUUUUGCCAACCGAUUGCAUUUUGAUGUCUUCAACGAAGCGAUAGAUAUGAAGCGCUUUACGAACGAGGCAUACGACCAAUACACAGAGACUCAUAACAUGGCUGCCAUCAAGCAUCCUCUAGAGGCCUGCCUAGAGAAUUUGUAUCAGAGGCUUGUUUCUCGGCUGUGA